AUGGGAUCAUGUGCUAAGGUACUAAGUGCAAAGAAUGGAGAAAAGUCACUGAAAAAGACUUCAAGCUAUCGAGGAGGCCGGCUAGGAUACAUUUGUUUUGAGGAAGAGAUCAUAAAACAACUUCAAAAGAAAGGGGUACAUGUUUCAGAUUUGCCUCGACAUGUAACUUGGCUCAAAGCUCAUUCUAAAGAAAUAGAUGGUCAACUGUUCUUUGAGAAUCCUGCUGAUGAGCUAAUCGCUGAAGCAAUUGAUGAAUUGGAUGCUCAAGCUCAAAGAGGAAAUGAGAUAAUUCAUACCGUUCAUGGUGGUUCAGGUAUUAAUAGCCAAAGAUCUGAAAGUGCUGCUCCAUUUGGGGGUUUUGUUAACCUGCUACUUGGUGGUCAAGGGUUUGGUGCUCCCCAAUUUGGUACUUUCUCUACCCAAGGUUUAGGUGGUGGCCAAUUCGGAGAUUUUGGUGGACAAUUUGGUAAUCCAGGUAACCAGCUUAGUGGAUUAAAUAAUCCAGGUAACCAGCUUAGUGGAUUAAAUAAUACAGGUGGCCAGCUUAGUGGAUUUAAUCAUCCAGGUGGCCAGCUUAGUGGAUUUAAUCAUCCAGGUGGUCAGCUUAGUGGAUUUAAUAAUCCAGGUGGCCAGCUUAGUGGAUUUAUUAAUCCAGGUGGACAGUUUAGUGGAUUUAAUGGCCAAAAUGGUGGUUCUCAGUUACCAGUGUCGAAUCAGCCUACUACAAAAGUACAACAUAUUGGGAAUCAACCUACUACAGAAGUACAACACGCUGAGAAUCAGCCUACUACAGAAGUACAACAGGUUGAGAUUUCUCCCUAUCGUGUUCCUUGGCCUGAGCAACACGUAACUGAAGGGGAUCAACAACUAGAUCAGAAUUUUGGUCUUUCCCAUGACACAAGUCGUGAACCUAUCAGUGGCGAUCCAAUAAGGCAAGAGCUCAGUGGUGGUGAUCCAUUAAGGCAUGAGCCCAUGAGUAGUGUACAACAUACUUUUCCUGAGGGUUGGAGUGAUUGUUAUUUGGCGAUUCAAAGUGACAAAGAGCUUCAAAUUUCUGCCACCGGAAAGGUGGAGAUAUAUAGCGGAACAAAAGUGAUAAUUAUUCAUGGUAUAAAGGUUGAGAAUGGUCUUCUUCGAGUCUCAGUUGACCAAGUGAUGAUGCCAGCAGCACAUGUGCCAUGUCCAACCUCAGAAUUCACUUAUGUGUCUCAAACUAAGAAUAGUUUUGCUCCGUGGCCAAGUCACUUGAUUUUUCCUAAGGUUAAGGAUGAUGAACAGCCAACAUAACCUUUGUCUUCCCCAUCCCCACAAACGCCAUCAUCACAAGGAUCAACCACUCGUAAGUAUGUGAUAUCUGAGGAGGAUCGUGCCAAGUUAACCACUAGUUUGUUGCGUAAAUUCAAGAUCCAAGCUAUGAAAAUGAAAGCUAAUGAGGAGUGCAUAACGGUAACAAUCCCGACAAGUGUGUUUGGUCAUGAGCAAAAACGUAGUAUUGAUUAUGAGAAUAUGUUUGAUUGGUGCUUCCAAAGAGAGAUUGGAGCUACUCACUUGUCCAUCUUUAUGAAGUACUUGAGCGAAAUGUGUAAACAAGAUAGUGUAGCCGGAAUGUAUGGAUUUUGCGAUUGUAAUUACUUAUCUCCUUUGACACCAAUUGAUGGAGAAGAAAAAAGAUCUGAUUAUUUAUCGGGGGUUUUCAGUCAAAAUGAAGGGAAAAAUGUAAAUCAACUUUUCUUUGCUCCUUAUAAAGAGAAUCGACAUUGGAUGGUUGCGGUCAUAAGUCCUUGGAAUGGAGUAGUAUUUUGGCUUGAUCCAGCCAGAGCGUCCAAUGAAAUUCGUGAAUAUGCUCAAAAGAUCAUCAAUGACGGGAUCACGAAAUUUAGCAAGAAAUAUCGGAAGGAUAUCAAGGUGAAAAAGAAUAAUCCAGGGAUAAAGUGGAAGAAACCACAAUGUCCUCGUCAACCCCUAAACUCAUACGAGUGUGGAUAUUAUAUAUGCCGCUACAUGCUUGAGACAAUAGAAAAAAGACGACAAGUUAUUCCCGAUCAGUACUACAGUGGAGUAUCUACUACUUAUUCUCAAGCGAAGAUUGACGAAUGAAGGGACUUAUGGGUUGCCUAUGUGUGCGAGCAUAAAGAACUAGAUGAAGAUUCUGAAGAUGAUGAUAUGGCAUAGGUGAUUAUUACUUCAUUUUAUUUUAGAAUUUGGUAUUUCUUUGUGGAGAAGAUUAUAGGAUGAAACAUCAAGUACCUUUAAACGUUAACAUUUUUUGUAAUAUUUUUUUUCUAUUAAUGAAAUAUUUGGAUUAUUUUGGUAUUAUGAGUACGUUUGAGAAGAGUUGGGAGGUGGUGAUGACUAAUAUGGUAGAUUUGGAACCAACAAAACAUGUGGGUGCAUGAGAGGAAGAGAUAGUGUGCUCAAGGGGUGACUAUGAAGCAGCGACCAAACGAGAAACCCCCCUAGCUAUGCCAAUAUGGACCUGAUACAAUCUGAGGUCCAGAUUCUGGUCCACAGGUAUAACAGGAAUAAAAAAAUUUGCUCUGCUGGUUAUUCUGCUCUUGUUUUCUUCUGUGUUUAGCUGCGGAUGCAGACUUUGUUCUGUUGCUCUGCAGGGCUUGUUGGGUAGUGUUGGUCUGGUAGCAGGCUACUAUGGGUUUUGCAGGCUGCUAGUGUUGUACUGCUGUAUCUGCAUUCUGUUUUUUGCUCCCUAGUUCUGGUGUUCAGAUGCAGGCAGGCCAGUACGAUGGUUUGUUGCUGGAAUGCAGAUGGUGUUGUUGGCAGGUUUUCUGCUGUUUGCAGUUGUCCUACUGCUGGCUUGGUUGCCUAGUUCAACUAGUGUUUGUUGGCUAGUUCUGGUUUCCUGGUACUGCUACAACUUGGAGCGCACCAGUGGCUGGGAACUACAAGCUGAACGAUGCUGCAAUAACGAUAGAAGGGAAGGUUGGAGCUAGAAUGGUGUUACGAGAUAGCAUUGGAGAGGUAAUGAUGUGUGCUGGUGAACCGUAUGCAAGCACAGGAUCAGUUAGCGAAGCAGAACCUCAGGCCAUCCUUUUUGGUUUGCAGUAUGUUCAGAAGAUUAGAGGUGCAACCUGCUGUUAGACAAGACAAUGGGGAGGAAUGCACUACAGAUUAUGAUUGCUGACAUUAAAGCUAUAGCUAGAAAUUCCAUUACUGUAAGUUUUUAUCAAUAGAAAUUGCAACAUGGCUGCACAUUCCAUGAUAGGUUAUCUCUUUCCUUUGUAACAACAGACAAAAAUGCAUUUUGGUUACUUAAUAAAGCUCAAAGUUUCCCGUAAAAAAAAUUUUAUACUUUAAUUUUAUAAAACAAUAAUACUACCAGCUAUCAGGAAGACUCGAACCUGAUAUGCAGGGUCAAAAAAAAACCAGAGAAUAAAAAAUAAAAAAUAAAAAAAAAAAAAAGCACUAGCGCAAAAAAAGAAAAAAAAAACCCAAAGAAACCUCUUUUCCGGAAAAAAGUGG